GUUUCGUAGUUGACUAUCAACAAAUGCAAUAAAGUAAUAAUCAGCGGUAGAAAAAUAUACGGAAAGUAGAGAAAAUAAUACUAAUUCGUCAUGCUUGUUUUAGUAUUGGGAGAUUUGCACAUACCACACAGAUGUAGUAGCCUUCCAAGUAAAUUUAAAAAGCUGUUGGUACCUGGUCGCAUACAACAUAUUUUAUGUACAGGUAACCUUUGUACAAAAGAAUCUUACGAUUAUUUGAAGACAUUAGCUAGUGACGUACAUGUUGUUAGAGGAGACUUUGAUGAGAAUUUAAAUUAUCCAGAACAAAAAGUUGUUACUGUUGGUCAGUUUAGAAUAGGUUUGUCACAUGGACACCAAGUAGUACCUUGGGGAGAUCCAGAAUCAUUAGCUUUGAUUCAAAGGCAAUUAGACGUUGAUAUUUUGAUAUCAGGUCAUACACAUAAAUUUGAGGCGUAUGAACAUGAAAACAAAUUUUACAUUAACCCUGGCUCAGCAACAGGUGCAUACAAUCCCCUUGAUACAUCAGUUAUACCAUCUUUUGUUCUUAUGGAUAUUCAAAGUUCAACAGUUGUAACUUAUGUGUAUCAACUUGUUGGCGACGAAGUAAAAGUCGAAAGAAUUGAAUACAAAAAGAAUUGAAACGUAAAUACAGAUUAAAACAAAAUGCAUCUUUAUUAAUUAAAUAUGUUAUUCCUGUUUUGUAAAGACAAGAAUCGAUAUCAAUGCAUACACGAUCUUUAUCAAAUCUUAGAUGCAUAAAGUUAAUGUCUAAGCAUUUAUAUAAGAAUUUUAAUUGUAUAAU